AUGUCAGCUGUGAUCCGCCCAUCGCUGGCCGCCAGCCGUACUCUUCGUGAAGCCACGCAUCGGCUCGGCGAAUCUUCUCGCUCCUUCUACGCCCCUUUCGCCGCUCUCCACUCCCCCUCGAUCCUCCCCUCACGCCCGCCUCAGCCGGUCCUGCGCACUCGGACACCUCAUCGGCGCCAACCAGCAUCAUCAUCGGUGCGGUAUGCUACUACUCUAGCGUCCAGCUCGUCCGCUACGCCCGCACCCCUCUUGUCUUCAAAGCCAAAAGUCCGAGUAACACCGCCAUCUCUCGAGCGGAUAAAGGCGGAUGGGUUCUUCGACGACGAUGUUCAGCUUAUAGCGGAGGAUCAAGCGGUGAUGCAUAUGAGCCCGGAGGCUGUGACACAAUUAGCUACUAUCACAUCUCGCGAACCGCCGGACGUGUUGGCGAAGGGGAAGUUGGCGUUGAGGAUCAUGGUGGAGAGUGGAGGUUGUCAUGGGUAUCAGGACACGCUCAGCUUGACAGAGGAGAGGAAUGUGGAUGACUACACGUUCCAGCCCGAAGGCGUCAACUGCAUCCCUGUCGUCGUUGACCUUGUCUCGCUCAAUCUGCUCAAAGGCUCCCGCCUUCACUUCGCUACAGAGCUCAUCGGGUCGAGCUUUAGAAUAGAGGAGAACCCACAAGCCAAGGACGGGGGUUGCGGGUGCGGUGUGAGCUGGUCAUUGUCAUAG